GGAAUAAGCAUUCAAUACAGUAGAGCUCUAACAACUAUUUGUUUUCUCACUGGUUCAAGCAAUCAGUUGUAUUGUCACGAUUUCACAUAAAAGAGGUUUCCAUUCUCCUACUGUCAGAGUCGUUCUCCACGUUUCUACAACAACGUUUCACUCUUGGAAGUCUUCAUCCUCCAGACUAGUCUCCAUCCUCUUGACUGUACACUUCACUCAGAGCAAGUGCAAUGCAUAUUAUCUUCACUAUUGGCAUACUGACUAUUGCCGAUUUUGAAUCCAUGAUGAAGAAAGGUGGCUCGUAUUGCUUGAUUCUUGUUUGUGAAUACAACAAAGACAAAGACUUGCAAACUCUGGAGGCUUAUUGCCAUAAUUACCCAACUGUCAAAUGCUACUAUGGAUUGGAAGGUGCAAAAGAUCGCGGUCAACCAGAUACUUCUUUCAAUACACAUUUCCAGAACAAAGGAACUCCUGCAUUUUUUUUCUUCAAAAAUGGUAACCAGGCAAUAGCCAUAGUACACGAUAGUACAAAGGCCCCCUAUAAAGCGCAUGAUGUUGAUGCGGCAUUCAAGAGCGUGCAGUAAUGUUUCACACGAGCUACAAUGUUUUAUUGGAACCAAAUUAUUAUUGAAAAAUCCAAUGUUGGAGUUGUUUGUUUGUUUGUGAUGCUCUCUAUUUCUCUUGGAAUCUCUCUUCAAUGAAUCCAGAGUAGAGCUGUCUUUUACCCCUCCUGUUAAUCAUCUAUAAAUUAUUUCAUUUAUGCAAUGAAGGCUUUCAUAUUCCAUUGCUGCAGCUACAAAAACUGCUGAUUUCUAUAGUGCUAUAAUGGUUUACUCUGUAAUAUUAUAAUAACUUGAGUACCUACAUUUCUAAGAUCGGAAUAGCACGAUGGAAACAGGCAGUUUUCAUAGCUGAAGAAAAGAAUGGGACCAAUUAUUAUUAUUGCAAUAAAUGAAAAUAGCUUAUAGAUGAAAAUUAUAUCAUAAUAUUGGAUUUUGUGUGAAAUAGUCCCCUUUCUACUGUGUGGAAUGCUGAUUCAAUAAAUGAUCUAUUAUCUGGGUAUC